UAAAAAUCAGAGAUCCCACCAGUUUCCACUUGCUGACACUGAGACUUCCUAGUUGUAGACAAAAUGGCUUUUCAUUCUGUAUUUCUCGUUUUCUUAGCUGGCCUGGCAUUUUUCUCCGAAGCUGCACCACCGGAUUCUGCUGACUCCAAGCAUCCUCUUUUUAUAAAAAUUCUGGAUUCAGUCCGAGGAAGUCCAGCUCCAAAUGUUCCAGUUAAGUUAUAUAAAGAAGCUGCAGAUGGAUCUUGGGAACUGUUAAACUCAAAACAAACUGAUGACAACGGCGGGCUCCAUGAACUCACUACUAAGGAACAAUUUGUAGCAGGGCUGUACAAGAUUGAGCUUGGCACAGCCUCUUAUUGGAAGAGUCUGGGCUUAAAUCCCUUCCACCACCAUGCUGAUAUGGUGUUCACGGCUAAUGAUGGUAGUUAUCGACAUUACUCCAUUGUUGUUCUCCUCAGUCCCUUUUCUUACUCAACUACAGCAGUAGUCAGUGAACCAGUGGAAUAAAAGCUAAUAUUAAGGAUGACAAUUUAGAUGUGUAAAUUAAAGCUUCCAUCAAUGGUAAGAACUUAGUUUCUGACUGUAUCAACAGCUUUAGAUUACAUAGUAAAUCACUAAUAGUAACUUGUUUAUUCACUUUGUUAAUUUUAGGAAAAAUAUGUAUUAACUUUGUUUUCAAAUACUCUUCUGAAUAAAAGUAUUCUUUAUUUCUGUAUUCUGUAAGUAUUGUUCUUCUGAAUAAAAACUUAGGGUUUGAAAAAACACAUUAAGCUUAAAAAAAAAAAAAAAAAAAAAAAAAAGCCUUGAAACUCCAUUACUGGAAUUCUGAGAAUAAAUCAAAGUCUUCCAUGAAGUUAAUAAACUAUACUCCUUCUUGCAAAGGAAGAGAACAAAACACAUCUGAAAGGUGUCUCAUGAAAAGUAAGCCCACAGGAAAUGGAAUCCACCAUCUAUCAUCAUCUACACUUUAUUACUGAAGCCCACAACAGAUGAAGUUGUGUGGGACUGCUACCAAGGAUGCCACAUAAUCACCAGAUUCUGAUUUUUAAGAUACAGAAGCAAAAGCAGCUUAAAAGAGACAGCAAGGUAGAAUAGCAUUUAAGGAUGCUACACAUACUUAAAAUGCCUUCUUCCCUGCUUUCCAAUAUAUUGUAGCUGGCGACUCUUUCAAGAAGAGUCCAUAUCCAGUCCUGCAGAAAAGUAUACACAUCAAACAUACUUAACAAGUUUAUUCAUGUAUUUUCAUAAAAUUGUGCAAAUACCUUUGUCCCCAGAUGAAGCACUCCCAAAAAUACCUUGCAUACCUCUAACCAUCAGACACUUUUGUAAUAGCAAUAAGAUACAAAGAAAAAUAAGGACAACUGAUGAUUCCUGAGAAAACCAGCUCCCUAUUUAAUGCUAGGAGAAAUAGGGAUAAAUCCUUCUAUUUCCCAUUUUUGUAAUCCAUAUAAAAGGAAGAUUGUUCCUGAACUGAAAUACUUAGAGAGCCAUUAGGAGGUUCAACAGACUCACCACCCUGUCUUGGAAAAGCAUGCUAAGACAUGGAGUCAUUUGUCCUAAUAAAACCAGAAGCUGAAAGCAUAAAUACCAAUAAAGGGAAAACAAUUUGUUAGCCUAUGGUUUGAUCCCAUCACUGCCUAACCUGAUGUAUCUGCUGGCCAAGUGACCCUUUUGUUGUUACUUCAAGGAACUGAGCACUAGAAGAAUGAGUUCUUUGACUAUAAACAAAACUCAAAGAAGAUACAUUCUCCACAGAACCUCAGAAUAAACGAGCCAACGCAAUCUUUAGAACAUUAUAUUUCAUAAAAGACAAUGAUAAAAAAGUACAAACAUUUGCAUGAACAACAAAAAACCAAAACGAUGAUAGUACACAGGAAAUUCCCAGCAUUAGUUUCAGUGCAUUUUUCAUUAAGCCUAUCUUACAUACCUCUAAAAAUAAAAUAAUCUUAAGUACACUUCCUCUUGCUGAUAUGCAAUGGAUCCUUUCAAUAUUUUUAAAUAACUGGCUCAUUAGUUACCCACUACAACAUAGUCAUUAGUAAACAUAAUGAUAGAAAAAUAGACUGGCAAGAUCCAAGAAAAAGGACAUUUUGCACUUGCUUUUCAAUAUACUGUCUAUUGAAAAAUGGAUUUUAUAUUAUAUAUUCUCCUUUAAUUUGAAACACAGCAAAUGGGCUGAAGAGUACCGUAGCAUAUCAACCAGAUUCCACUGUUAAUAUUUCUGUAACAUUUUUACUUGUUAAUUUGCAAGACCUUCAGGAUCUUGUAAAAUACUCUCUUCUCCCUCCAUGCUCACUCCUUGAAGGGAAGACAUCCUUAAUUUGCCUUGAAAGCAAUGCAAAAGCCAAUGUGAUUGGCUUCUCUCUACAUUUUACAAGAAUCAUGAAAAUAUCAAAAGGAAUGUGCACAACUCAUAGUUCUGCAUCACAUUUAUUUUGUUUGAAGGCACUGUCUAUAUUAAAAUUUACUGCAGAAUAGUACUGAGUUCAAGCAGGUAGUAUACAAACACAAUUUUGAUGUAAUUUAAGAUGGCAACUUUUAAAAGUUCCCAGCAAAGUGAUAAAAGGUAUUUAGAGAAGAACGCUGGUUAACAAUUCAUAAUUUAACAUCUAUCACUUUGGGGCAUCAAACUAGAAAUGUUUUACGAACUCAGUUAUAUGUCAUAAUCCAUUCACAUACUGGUUUAAAUCACAUUUUUUCAAAACCAUACAUGAUUAAUCACUUGGAGCUGUAAAGUUAUAUUAGCUCAGCCACAGCAUAUGUGUAAUAUAGUAUGCAUAUAUGUGUGUAUAUAUACAUAUAUAUGCAUUAGAAUUUUUAAAGAUCGCACAGUAAUUUCACAGAAUGACUAACAAAUGGGCACAAAAGCAUGCUUCAGAAAACAGUACAGACCUACAGUACGAAAGGAUGUUUCUUAAUCAUACGUGUUAAAUUGUAGGUGAACUUGUACUGAAAACCAGAAAUCACUUCAAAAUUACAUUAGGGAUUUAAAAAUUUAUUCAACAGUUCUUAAAGAAUUAUAGUAAGUCUGUUAUGGAGUAAGACUAGUUUUAUUUUGAACAUAUAAUUGUUCAUACAGUGUAUUAUCUCCCCUUUAUCUAUAUGCUUCAGAAUAUUCUAUACACUCAGUUAUAGAAAAAUGUAUGAAGAGGUGAUCAAACCACUUAAGCAUGCUUUUUAAGGAUGUUUUGUCCACUUUAUGCUCUUUGUUAUUUUUAUUGCAUUACAUCAUUCCUAAAGCAUAUUAGAUUAACUGGUAGAUUUCAAGGUAAUUCCAAUAUGGUUUAAAUUAUUCUCAACUACUUAAAUCAUUAUAUUUCUACUAAAUAUUUGGGAUGCCUACAACUAAGCUCAUAACUUUACUGAGGAAUUGCUAAGGGCAAAAUUUUCUGCUGGGAUGUCAAAGAAAUAAAAGGUGUUUAUGGCAAACAAACUCAAAUAUACAAAGCACCACACCAUCUGUGGUAGCAAUUCAGAAAACCAACACAGAGUAAGGAGUUAAAGUUAGCAUUCUUUGUCAACACUCUUACAGAACACUCUAUGGAUAAACAAUUCUUAUUAUAUACUGCUUUCCAUUCUUCAUGGGAGCAGAAGUCAGUCUUUGGUUCCUAAAGAGUUGAGUAACUAUGACAAACAGAACAGCUUAGUAGAACUUGGUCAAUAUCUUUGCGUUAACAUAGAAAAUAAAUGAUCUGGUCCUUUUCCUUAGUAUUAACAAGGGAUGUAAAAAAAUAUUGGAAAAAGAUAAUAAUGCUUAGCAGUGGGAUAUUUUUAGGUAGCAUAACAUUACAAGUGAACAGAAAAUAAGAAGAUAUGUUUUUCAUUAUAAGCCAAGGAAAGGGGCUAGUUAUGCAUACACCACCACAAAAAUAGAGAAACAGAAAGGACCAAUCCUUAGUUGGACUGUGCAACCUCAAUCUCAUUGAAAGUCAUUGACUUGAGGAUACUCAGUGCAUCAUAGGAGCACUCAGCACUCUACCAGAACAGGCCCUUAAAUAGCUAUAUUGAUUAAUACAUUAUGAGUGGAAUUUUAAAAAGCACUUUGAAUUGGCCAGCUUUCGGUUCCGCUUAUGUCAUCAUCAUCAUCAGCGGAGCAGUUUGACCAACACCGUGGUUCUGAAAAUCCCACAAUACAAGCAUUAGAACUAUUAGAACUAUGUUUUAUUAUUUUCUUAAAAAUCUAACUUUAAUAUUCUUCCAAUGAAGACACAUUUUUGGCUCUUCUGAUUUUGGAGGAAUAAAAGUGCUGUUUACUAAGUUUUUUUAAAAAAAGAACAAUACCAAAAUACUAUACGCACCCAGACACACUGUUUUAGGCAUUAAAAUCCCUGACAUUGACACUAGUGGCACACUUGGAAACAGUUCCUGUAGAUCAUAAUACGCAACAACUGCAAGAUUUUAUGUAAUACACAUGCAAUAUGCAUAUAAAUAGGAUUUAGAUGGCAGGCAGGGUAUCAUACAAUUUUGCUGGCAAUAAAUAAAAUUAAAAGCUUUCUUUCUAGCAAGUUCAUAUAUGAAAUUGAUUUUUCUAUACAGAUAUGCAGGAGGCCUAGAGCUCAAAACUAGUAUAACAGUUUACAGUCAUAGCUGGCCAACAAUUAAUAUUUCCUUCAUUUCACAUAAGGUAUAACCUUUUUUUAAGCAUACUUACAUUUUACACUUGUUCUUUCAUGCUAAUAAAAACAUUCCUAUAGAAUUCAAACAAGAACACACUCAAAUACAUACUGAAACAUAAAAUAUUGAGCAAUUUAAGACCAAUGUACACACAUUAAUUUACAUCACAUAUUUACAAAACACAUUUUAAAAAGAAACAAAAGCAUUCAUUUAAAUAUGGGGGAGGGAGGAGGCAGUUUAGUAUAAAAAAAAUUCCUGGAAGAGGCCUCUGUCCCUGCUUCCAGAGGAGCUACAAGUCUGUUUUCUGCAGUUUAUUUAGUUGAGUGGUUAUGAUAGAGAAUAUGAAGAAUGAAGGCUUGAACAGUAGUCUCAUGCUGUAAACAUCUGAGUGGUAGCUGCUGAGUUUUCUUUCAGAAUAAAAUGCGUGGUACAUACAAUCACUUUACUUCUCAUUGCUAAUAUGCAUCAUCAAAUGGUCAAAAAUCUCUAAUUCUAAGAUGCUGCUUGUUGGUUUUGUUUUGUUUUACAGUGUCUGUUAGUAGCUUCCAGUGUUAGAAGUUUAUUCUGGUAGGGUAGCUUGUCAUUCCACUUUCAUCAAUAGUCUCUAACAGGAGCAAGUUCUGGUAUGAGAUUAACAGUUAUAUUUUUAUACAAUCUACUGACAAGUAUUUUAGGAGUAUAUAUUAAAUUGUUCAACCCAUCAA